AAGUCCACAAUUCCCAGAUAUUCCAAACCCGUAAAACACUAUCGUAAGUUCAACGCUAGCUUAGAGAGAGAAAGUAGAGAACUGUAGAAAAAAAGGGCUCAAAUCGAACACGUACAUAUAUCUCUCAUCAGAUCCGAUAAGAAGCUUAACUAGGUUUUCUCUCUCUCUAUAUCUAGACCAACCACAACAACAGCGAACCACAACCGUCCGAUCUAGGGUUUUCAGACAUGCCGAAGAACAAGGGUAAGGGAGGCAAGAACCGCAAGAGAGGGAAGAACGAGGCCGACGACGAGAAGCGCGAGCUUGUCUUUAAGGAAGACGGCCAAGAGUACGCUCAGGUCCUCCGUAUGCUCGGCAACGGCCGCUGCGAGGCCAUGUGCAUCGACGGAACCAAGCGUCUCUGCCAUAUCCGCGGCAAGAUGCACAAGAAGGUCUGGAUCGCUGCCGGAGACAUCAUCCUCGUCGGGCUCAGGGAUUACCAGGACGACAAGGCUGACGUCAUCCUCAAGUACAUGCCCGAUGAGGCCAGGCUCCUCAAGGCGUACGGCGAGUUGCCGGAGAACACCAGGCUCAACGAGGGCAUCGCCGGAGGCCUCGACGAGGAGGACGAGGGUGCAGGUGAUGAUUACAUCGAGUUUGAGGACGAAGACAUCGAUAAAAUCUAGGGUUUGUGGACAUCUAUCUCUGGUCUUCGUCUUUGAAUUAUUAUAAUUGCCUGUGGGCUUAUUUGGUAUAAAUAUACUGGCUUUAUGUGUAAUACCUGGAUCUAUAUAGCAGUCUGCGUGGGGAUUCAUGUAUGAUGAUUUAUGCUUUUGAUAACGAUGAAUUGGAUGCAAUAAUUCUGAGUUUAAUUUUAGUUAUUGUCCUUGCAAAA